UCUUUCCUCCCUGGGAAAUUCCUCACUUUCUAACUUGGAGACAUCCUCCUAUUAUUCAGCCAUUGGGUCAUCGGAAUUCCAAAGGAAGUGCCGUCUUUAAAAGGACUCGGAUACUCAGGGCGCGCUGCAGUUCUUGACAGACUACGACCAGAGCGUGAAAGAGCACAGAGUGAACGGUGAGGCUGUGCUUGAGGAAAUCAAGGGAGCAGAUUACCAGAUCGUGGAAUUAGAACUGCUCCAACGCUAAUACUGUGAGGAAAAGGAUGAUUUCCAAAAUGACUGUCUUGUCAUUUCUACCUGCUGUCAUUUUUGCAUUUUUUCUGUUUGGAGGGAGUGAUGCUUGGUUAUACGCCUCUUCUGAAAUGAAUAUGACUUAUGAACACGCAAGGAAAUAUUGUCAGGAAAGGUACACAGACCUGGUUGCCAUUCAAAACAAGAAUGAAAUUGAGUACCUGAAUAGAACACUAACAUUCUCCCCAAGUUACUACUGGAUUGGAAUCAGAAAAAUCAAUGGCAUCUGGACCUGGGUGGGAACACAGAAGCCACUGACCAAAGAGGCCAUGAACUGGGCUCCUAAUGAACCCAACAAUAAGCAAAAUAAUGAGGACUGUGUGGAGAUCUAUAUCAAGAGGGAAAAAGCCUCAGGCAUGUGGAAUGAUGAGAGUUGCACAAAAGAGAAGCUGGCUUUAUGUUACACAGCCUCCUGUACCAGCAACUCCUGCAAUGGCCAUGGGGAAUGUGUGGAGACCAUCAACAGCUUUACUUGCCAAUGCUAUCCGGGGUUCACUGGGUCCCAGUGUGAGCAUGCUGUGACCUGUGAAUCUCAAGCCAAUCCUGAGCAUGGUGUCCUGGUUUGCAGCCAUCCAGUGGGGCAUUUCAAUUCUUCCUGCUCUGUGAAUUGUCAAGAAGGCUACGUCCCAACCAAUACUAAUUCAAUAUUGUGUACUUCUUCUGGAAAAUGGAGUGGACCUAGCCCUACUUGUAAAGUGGUGGAGUGUGAUGCACUGACAAGUCCUGUUCAUGGAUCUAUGAAUUGCUCCCAAAGCUCUGGCAUCCUUCCAUGGAAUACAACCUGUGUGUUUGACUGUGAGUCAGGAUUUGAGCUAAAGGGGUCCAAGGAGCUUCACUGUAGCUCAUCUGGGAAGUGGGACGUGGAGAAACCAAUGUGUCAAGCGGUGAAAUGUAAUGCUCCCAGCGAGCCCCAUAAUGGCUUUGUGAAGUGUGUGCAUCCACCCACUGGAGACUUCACCUAUCGGUCAGUCUGUAGUUUCAGCUGUGAGGAAGGCUUUGUGCCCCAAGGAUCAUCCCAGCUUGAGUGCACGGCUCAGGGGCAGUGGACACUGCAAUUCCCAACGUGUGAAGCCAUACAGUGUAAAGCACCCACCAGACCAGAGAGAGGCCACCUGGAAUGUCUUCCUAGUGUUUCUGGAAGUUUCCAAAGUGGAUCCAGCUGUGAGUUCUCCUGCGACGAGGGAUUUACAUUGAAAGGAUCCAAGAGACUCCAGUGUAACUUAACAGGGGAAUGGGACAUGGAGGAGCCCACAUGUGAAGCCAUGAAAUGCGAUGCUGCUAGCCAGCUUCAGAAUGGUUCUGUGAUGUGUGCCCAUUCCCCCACUGGAAACUUCACUUACCAGUCAGUCUGUAACUUCAGCUGUGAGGAAGGCUUUGAACUGCAAGGAUCACCCCAACUUGAGUGCACCGCCCAGGGGCAGUGGACACAGCAAAUGCCAACCUGUGAAGUGAUACAGUGCUCUGCUUUGAAAGUCCCUGAGGAGAUCACCAUGACCUGUGAUGGUGAUGGGAAUUUUCUCUAUGGCACUAGAUGUGUGUUUGAAUGCCCCGAGGGAUGGAAACUCAACGGCUCAGAUUCCUUGGUAUGCAGAGCCACAGGAAGCUGGUCAGGGAGUCUGCCUUCCUGUGAAGCUCCUGAGGAGUCAAACACUUCCCUGGUCGUUGGCCUGGCCACCAGUGGGACCUCCCUCUUGACGACUGCGUCAUUUCUUCUUUGGCUAGCAAAACGUCUUCGAAAGAAAGCAAAGAAGUUUUCCCCUACUAGUAGCUGCCAAAGUCUUGAUUCAGAUGGAAUCUACCAAGCUUCUUCUGAGUUAAUUUAAGUCCAACAGGAUCAGGAACUGGGGAUGCCUUGACAGAUAUGUCUAGAAAACUAGGCUUUUCAGUCAUGUGCCUAGCCACUGGGGACAACUCUUCUCCUCAAGAGGAAAAUCUCCCUUGAAUCCUUGGUCUUUCCAUGCCUAUAAAUCACAAGCUUGGCAUCCACAAGGAACUUCUGCUGAUCAAGUCUAGGCGACAAGGGCUAUCCCCAGUCUUUCUACUGGGAAGAGUCAGUUUCAAUUAAGGAUAUGUUAAUAUACCCUUCAAAAUGAGAAGAUAGAUUGUCUUAUACCAGCCAACGAGCCAUUGUUAAGCCCUUGUAAAGGUAACGGAAAAAGGGCCUGCAAUGUUGGAAUUAUAUUCCUAGUCAUCUCUAAGCAUGAGCUCAGUGUAGACCCAACUUUGAAGUUCUUUGGUUCUUCACAAAUGAUGUGUGCCCUGGCAGUUUCUAACACUCAUAGAAUACAGGUGAACAGGUGUUGUGAGGUAAUGAUAUUUAACUUUGUAAAAUAUAAGGUGCCACAUAAAUAGGAAGAGUAUUAUAACUUAUCAAGUGUUCAGAAGAUCCUUCGGGAUCUUCUGUUGGGAGAAAUUCUGCCGCUAAUUAAAUACUGAAAAGAAAUUCUAUCAUUUAAAUGCCAAGAGAGAUAACAUUGACAAGAGCCCUGAAGAAUGCAAACCAUACUCAUUCCUACUCACCAAAUUGUACUGGAAUGGCAGAUCAUUGAUCUGGGGUACUUUUAUUACUGUGGGAUUCAGUACAGCAAAAUGUGCUUAGAGAUUAUUGGGUGAUUUUUUUUCUAAAAUUUUCUAACAUUUGGCCAACUAUAUAGAAUGUUCUCUGAUUGACAAAACAUUAAAAACUAUCCUUUAAUAGUGCUUUUGGGGACAGUUAGGUGGUGUAGUGGAUAGAGUUCCAGACAUGAAGUCAAGAAGACUUCUCUUC